UCUCCUUUCCUGGUGGCUGAUUCCUUCUUCUUUGUGGUGGCUGUGGUAAGCUUGGUUGCUGAGUAGGUGGAAGAGCUUGUGGACGCACGAAUUUCCUUCUUCCUCCUCCGUUCACCAUCUUUUCCGAUCUUCUUCUCUGUGAUCCCGAAGCUCGGAUUCUUCGUCGAGCUUUGAGAAGAGCACAGACAUUGAAGCAACUAAACUAAUAAGCAAAAAUGUUGGCGGUGUUUGCAAAAGCCAUUGGAAAACCACCGGAGGAACUGAGGCUUCCGGCAAUGGGGUCCAAUAACUCAAAGACCCCAGAAGAAAUUGUAGACAAAUUUCAAUCUUCGUGGCUGGAUUCUACAGUUUACAACCUUCCACAUGGGAAUUUUAUGGCUCUGUCCCAUGUUGACGAAAGUCCAAUACACCCCAGGUCAGUUGUUGUUUUGGAUGAUAUCUUCUGCAUUUUUAUGGGAGCUCUAGCAAACAUUGCUGAGCUUAGACAUCAUUAUGGCCUCCCAAGGCAAGCAACAGAAGCCAUGAUUGUGGUUGAAGCCUACAAGGUCCUAAGAGAUCGAGCCCCCUACCCACCUGACCAAGUUGUUAAACAUCUUGAAGGAAAAUUCGCAUUCAUCAUCUUUGAUGCCAAGACAAAUACUCUUUUCAUAGCCAGGGAUCGUGAAGGAAGUGUGGAAUUCCAAUGGGGAAUGGCAAAAGAUGGAUCCUUAGUCUGUUCUGAUAACCCUACAAUCAUUAUAGAGGGAUGUGGACAAGCUCGAGCAGCUUUUCCUCCGGGGUGCAUUUUCAUGAAUGGAAGCGGGCUGAUAAGCUUUGAUCAUCCACUUCACAAGGUUCGAGCUGUUGCUCAUGAAGAUGACAGUGGAAACAUCUUGAGUGUAUAUUUUCAGGUGGAUUUGUACACAAAGAUUCCCAGCAUUCCUCGCACUGGAAGUGCAGCUAAUUGGGCUGAUGCUGCUGAAGUCAAGGGAGAAUAAUUGACCAUUAUUAUGCUCAAAAAGUAUGACCAAUUUCAAACUUGGUGUAAUAAAUAGUAUCCUAGAAAUUCUCUGUUUAUAGAUGCUUGUCUAAUGAAGGGGAGAAGCGAGCAUUCGCCAUUUCAUCCCCAUGUAACAAGGUUCAGAGUUUAGACAUUGCAAAAUCCUCUACUGAAGUUGCUAGGUAGAAUACAAAUGUAUGUUACUUCUACCUUAAAAAUGACUCUUUCAGCAGAAUCAGUCUUGUUGUAACUUUGUAAGCAAAUAAGCAGUACUCUCUUCUUUAAUUUU